CGAUGUGCCGAUUCGGAUUCAUUCUACUUCUGAAAAUUCUCUGACCUGCACGGUUGAAUACGAGCAAAGUCAGAACUGACUUGCAAUGUAACUGCAUUAUUUUAUUUUUAUUCCAUUUCUUAAAACAAUUCAUUCGAUUUGGUACUGGAGAUAGAUAGCGAGUCGUCAGAGCUCGGGUUCCCUUCCCUGAUUGUAAACAGAAUACGAUAUACGAGUCGACUCGACUCGAGUAGAAACGAAUGUCACUCGAAUUGAUCGAUUAAAAGUAUUCGAAUCAUAAUAUCACUAUCCUCUGAUUCAAACGUCUUGCCGUCUUUGCCUUUAGCGUGAUUUUCCGUGCUACCGCCUGACGACUGUCACUGUGUGGAGUGUAGGUUAGGAUAGUUUACGGAAGAAUAUAGUGUGUAUGUAUAAUGAAUUUUGUGUUUAUUUAUUGUUAUAUCAUUGAGGAAACAAAUUGGGUAUAGCUUAUAAAACAUUUUCUUAUUGACAAUGUCGACCCCUAAGUUUAUGAUAGGAGAUAAAGUUUUCGCUAGAAUGCGAGGUUAUCCUCCUUGGCCUGCGAAAGUUGAGGGUGUAGUAGAAAAUACUUCAACUAAAUCUAUUAAAUACCGUGUUUAUUUUUAUGGCACCAAACAAAUUGCCAUUUGUAAACAAGAAGAUGUCUGUUCAUACGUUGAAAAUAAAGCAGUUCUUGGUAAACCGAAAAAAAGUAAAGGAUUUAAUGAUAGUUUACUUGAAAUAGAUUCAGAAUUGAAUGAAAGCUUCAACCAUAGUGAUACAAGCCAGGUUAGUGAUCACACAAACAAUGGCAAUGUUAAUAUUGAGAAAAAAGUUAAUGAUAACUCAGGUAGCCUAAUGUGUGUAAAUAUUGUAAAAUAUUCACCUGUUGAUCAUAAAUCUCAAGAUAAAAAUAAAUCAGCUGAGGUCACCACUGUUUCAAAAUUGUACAAAAGUCAACAACUUAUAGAUGAGAUAACAUUGAAAUCACUUAAAAAAGAACAGAAGUUAAUUGAUAUAAAUUAUCAUAUUCAAAAUAGUUUAUGCCUGAACAAAGCUGACCCAGAGACUUGUCUUAAACAGUUAGAUGAGUUAAAUGUAUUGGAACUAAAUAGUUUAAUGAUAAAAAAACAUCCAGAAAUAGUGAAAACAUUACAGAAACUACAGGACUAUAUUGGGAAUAUUGGUUGCUGGAAUAUGACAAAUGAAGAAGUUGAGAUAUUUUCUUCUAAAGCAAUAAUGAUACAACAGAAAUCGAAAAUAAUAUACAAUAAAAUACAAUCUUUAUUUUCUAUUCCUUUUGGAAAGACUUUUACAGAAGUGUUUGAAGAGGAGCUGAAAAAAUUUCAAAGUUAUACUAUGGACAUGGCUCCUGAAGAUUUUUACUGUUUGUUUAAAGAUCCAACUGAUUAUACUGUGGAAGAAAAGUAGACUUAAGUUGUACACAUCCUGCAAGUAUGGCUUUUGUUUUUUUAAAAAUUUACUAGUAAUAUGGUCUGUUGAGUAUGGUUUCUGUUAUGCAUGGACGAGUGGUUUAAAUGAAAAUCUUAAUGACGUUUUUAUUCUGUUUGAACACAUCUCUGGUUAAGGAGCUACAGUAUAGUGUGUGAAAAUAAGUUUACAAAUCAAAACAUUUUAUAGUUGCUUGUUUAUGCAGGUACUUUACUUUACUUUAAAGAUAAAAGUAGUCACCUGCAAUUUAUUAAUGUGCCCUUCUGUGUGUUAAACAUUUCGUAAAGAAACUUGUGUUCGACAAUGAAAAAAUUGCCAUCUCAAUGAACAAUAAACAAGAGUAAAUUUAGGCAGAGUUACUAUAAUUCAUAAUAAUUUGGCUGGUAGGUACUGGAUAAGAAUGAACAGGUUUCUCUAAACGAUUAGAUUACUGGGAGAUGCAAACCAAAACAUGUUUUCAGAUUUAAGAAUAGAUUUUAAUGAUACCCUGCAAGAGGUAACUCAAUUAGGAUUUUUGCCCACAAAAUAACUAAUAAUAAUUAUUAGUGAACAGAUAAACACGUCAUAUACGAGAUAAAUACUUGUAUAUACAUAUGUAUGACAAGGGUUUUAUCAGUUUACAGGUUUAAAUCAUUUAGAUAAAUUGUUUCUCUUUCAUUUUUAAUUAAUUUUAAUAUGUUUUAAAACUGUAAAUUCACCUAUUGGCAUUAAAAAUAAAGUGUGAGUUUGUUGGCCAUCAGACAUAAUCAUGUGUAAAUAAAUGUGUUGUAGCCUAUUAUAUAAAAAAUAUUUUAAAAGUGUAGUAUUAGACAGCCUAGUGUUAUGAAAGCAUCGAGUAGUGGGAUAGAAAACAUUUUUCCACAGGGAAUUAGAGUGUCACUGCAUUAAAAAUGUACAGAUGAGCACAGAAUUCAGUGACUGUAAUUUCCACUUAAAAUAGUAGAAGAAAACUGUCAUGAGAUAGUGUUAUGUGGACCAUUCUUUGAAAAACACAUUCUUAAUCAAUUAAUGUGUCUUGUAAUAUUUAAAAUCGUACAUAAAUUUAAACUGGUAUUUAAAUUUAAUAAUUGAAAUUUUACGGAUUCCAGUUGAUUCUACAUUAUAAAUAAUCUAUUUACAUAAUGAGUAAAAAUAAAAUAGAUAACAUAGAUGUGUGUGUGUACAUACGUACAUAUAUAUUAUAUAUAUAUAUAUAUACUUAAUUUUUUACAAUAAGUCUGUGGACACUUCUUUAAAUCUCAAUAAAACUAUCUUUUUUAAUUAUUCCAAAUGUAGACAUAUAUCUUACUCUCAUUAUAUGAACCACCUUUAAUAACAUGCUAAUACAGAGAUAUAGCUUAAAUGCCCGGAGCAUGGUGAAUAAAAAUAAAACUAUAACAACACAUUUUAAUAAUUAUAGUUACCAAUGUAAUUACUGUCAUUGCAAUUUGUGAUAGGCUAAUAUUUAGUAACUGUCUGUUACCAUUAACUGACACAUGAUUCUCAAACCAGAGAAAUAUGGUUUGAUGUUUUUCUAGUUUCUGAUAAAAUUAGAAAAUAAUGCAACUCUCUCUUUCUGUAGUAAUUAAUUUUGUUCUAAACAAACUACAUUAUAAUAAAGUAGUUAGUUUUUUAACUAAAAUACAUCAUAUAUUGAAAAUGUUUGUAUAAGCUAUAAUGUAUGAUAUAGAGAAUUAUUUUAAUAAAAUAUUUCAAAUAAUGUGAUACUUAAAUUGCUUAAUUAAGUUAGUCAAGUGAUUGGUGUGCUCUUUUACACAGUUAUUUGUUGUGUACGUGAAAAUAUUUUAGGAAAUAGUGAUAUUAAUAAAUUAAUAACAUAAUCUGUCAGUAGUAACUGGAGUGGUUAAGUAUGUUUGCUGUAUUUCAGAGAAUGAUGCUGCCAAAAAUGUUGCGCUUUGUCUAUAGAAGUAUUAUAUGAAAUGAAUGUAUUUAAAGAAAAUUAUAUAAUUUACCCAUUAUUUUGAUGGGAUAAAAAGUACUUUGUGUUUGUUAGUUACAGGUAAUUUUUUAUCGUUAGUAAAUUAUUACACAUUUUCUAGUAUAAAGUUUAUUUGUGCGAGGCCUUUCAGAAAUGUUUAAUUGUUUUAGUAAUUUUCACCUUUAGAAUUUAUUUUCCAGUUGUGUCAUAUUUCUUCUUCUAAAAACAAAUAUAUUAGAUGUUUUACUCAGAAUUCUUUUGUGAUUUGUAAGUCAUUUAAUUAAGAUUUUAAGAUAGUGUUCAUUAUUGAUAUUGCCUAAUUAAUUUAAGGUUUAUUAAGCAGAAAUAUUUGUAAACCUUUGUAUUUAAGUGUUGUUAUGUUUUAAUGAAAAGUUUGUAUAGGUCAUAUGUAAAAUAUUUUAAAGAAUAAAUAAAUAAAUUUUGUUCUUUAUGUGUACCUA